AACAACUCACAACAAGUACCACCGAAAGCUAAACUGCAAAAAAAGAAUCACUCGGAUCCUGUGAAACCACAGGAGGGUGACGUUGGCAGAGAAGAAGAACCCACUACUCCAAACGGAAAUGAUAACAACACAUCAGAAAACAGUCCUGAAAAGAAUGUCAUCUCAGCCCCAACACAAACUCCUGUUCCCUCAGAGACAAUCAUUCCAAGCAGCGAGAAUAACAUUCACACAACAACAUCGAGCAUACCAGAGAAUGUAAACGCAUCUGCUGCUCAUGCCACUUUGACGGAACUAAACAACACUCAGAUGGGACAAGCGCUAAACCAGGCGACCACCAUUGUUAUUGUGGGUGCUGACAGCAGCAUUGCCGCUUCAUACCAAAUCCCUCUUUUGCUUCUUUUGUCGGCUCUGGUGGCUCUGGCAUCCCCAUGA